GAAGGGGGAAAUUGGUGGGGAAGUGCAGGGUGGAGGGAAGAGGGGCUAGGCCGCAUCGCUUCUCGAGUCUCGUGGUGCGCUACGGUGCGGCGCGGUUGAAUAGCAGCACUAGGCAGAACGGACGGUGGGAAGGAAGCCCCCCUCGGACCACCAACCAGCGGAGACCCCUCAGGGGAAUCCAGGGGCAGUGGCGGAAAUCCGCGACAGUGACGGUUCCCCCUCGUGCUGUGCACCAUGGCCCAACGAAUGAGAUCAGUCCGCCGAUAUGAUCCAUGUGGCCCAAAUAAGGCGGUGUGACAGGUGUGGGACGCACACUGGUUAGAGUUGCGUAACACAGCUGGGAUCGAAAUCCAUCCAAUGAAGGACCAGUCGGAGUUCUGAGGACUGACAGCAUGCCACGUCAACAACCGUCAUGAGAUUCGACCCAUCGCGAGACCACACGUGUUACAUCUGACGUCAAACUUUCUCCAGUUCAUACAAGCCCACACAUGUUGAGAUACAGUUUAGUGAUUGUAAGGAAAUGAUAUUUCCUGAUCACGGGUUCUAGUUAGUAAGACGUACACUGCUAUAACGGGGUUGCCACAAGCACUGCCACAAAAUUCAAAUCGCGACACCCAAAUGUGGUCUGUCAAACAUAUAUUGAUAUGUUAUAGGCUAGA